CACACUACUUAGCCUCGUACGAUGCGAGAAUCCUUAGGGGCACCGAUCUCUGACAUGGGACGAAUAUCAAUGAAUUCGUCAGGCAUGCAAGGCCAUUCGAAUGCUCAAAAAUUAUGUUCUUGCCGGAAAGGGCUGUCAUCCUUCACAGUUCCCCUGUAAAGAUGGAUUAAGCUGCAUUGAUAAGUCAUGGAAGUGUGAUGACUUUCCGGACUGCUCUGAUGGCAGCGAUGAAGAAAACUGUGGUGGAAGGACUUGUUCACCACUGCAGUUUGCAUGCAAUAACAGGUGUAUCCCUAAAACAUGGCAGUGUGAUGAUGAUAUUGACUGUCAGGAUGGUGAAGAUGAAAAGGAUUGUUUGGAAGCAACAACAUGUUCCAGUUCCCAAUUCCAAUGUGCCGAUAAAUUGCGCUGUAUACCUACACGCUGGCAGUGUGAUGGCAAGGAAGAGUGUGAUGAUGGCAGUGAUGAAGUGGAUUGUGCAAAUCAUACCUGUGCCAGCCAUGACUUCAGCUGUGCUAAUGGAAAGGAGUGUAUUGCUAUGGAGUGGAGAUGUGACAGGGAUUAUGACUGCGGAGACAUGUCAGAUGAACAUGACUGUGAACCAGUGUAA